AUGUUAACAGGGUAUUUACGCUAUACAAUAAGCGGUACUAAAGCAUUGUCCGUUUGUCGUGGCAAAAAAAUUUGUUUGUUACCUAAAUCACUUUUAUUCUUACCUUUCACAGUAACCUAUGGUUCUGUAAAUUUAUAUUUGCCUACACCUUCCCAACUUCCUUCUAUCAUACCGUCUUCCAGUCGCACAUUUUCACAAACUUCCCAAAUAAGUAGAGCUCGCCUUUCAGUUAAAGAAAUAGACCCAACCCUUGUAAUUCCUGAAGAUCCAUAUAUUUUAGCAGAAUGGGUAAGAAAAUUUGGAGAGGCAAAUCGGUUAGAUGAUGCUAUAAGUGUAGUUUGGAACGCAAAAAAAAGUGCACAGUCUGAGGUUGUGUGGAACCAUUUAAUUGUUGAAUGUGUCAAAAACAGGAAAUUUCAAAUGGCGUUUAGAAUGUUUAAUGAGAUGAAAAAACACGGAUUUGUCCCAAAUGAACAAAGUUUUACAAUUUUAUUAAAUGGCCUUGCAGAUCAUCGACCAUUCGUAGAUAACAUCUUGCAAGCACGUAAAAUGAUCGACAACAUGCAAAAUUUAACAAAAGCCAAGCCAGUAGAACUAAACGUAAUUCAUGUGAAUUGCCUUUUAAAACUUUGCUCUCGGCUCAACAAUUUUGAAGCAAUGCAAGAAAAUUUCAACGACAUGAUGAGAGUAGGUAAUUGGACACCUAACAAAGAAACUUUUACUAUCAUUUUUAACGCUUGCGCAAGAAACGGUGAAAAAGGGUAUCUUAUGGCUAUCCAACUGUGGAAUCAAUUAAAUUCUUUAAUUUCCAAACAAAAGAAACAACAGUCACAAAUCAGAGAGCAUGAUGGAUAUGGUGCAGAUUUUGCACCUGGCUCUGGAUACGAGAUUGAAAUGGAUGAUGAACUUGUAAGAUCGAUGCUUUUGGUAUGCAGUAAAACUAAAAAUUAUGACAAAGGAUUUGAAAUUUUGCAGAAUGUUUAUGGAUUUUCAGUAUCAUCCGAAUUGUCAAAAAAAAAGAUGUCAUCGAUAUUAUCGAAUAGACAUUUGAUUUCACCAAAAUCUGUUGAUAUAAUGUUAAACCUUUGCAUAGGUGCACGUCAGUACGAGAAGGGCAUAAUGUUAUUUGAUGAAACACUAAGUCAAUUCCCAGAUAUAACACUUGAUAUUCAUAAUUUUAACAAAUUAAUAAUAUGCUAUAAUCAACUAGGACAAUUUACAAAAUCCAUAGAUACAUACUACCCAAUUCGUGCUCGAGGUUUGGAACCAACACUAGAAACGUAUGAUUUGUUAUUAACAGCAUGUCGUAUAACAGAAGAUUGGACAGCUGGGAAAGAAUUUUUCGAGUUAAUAGUAAAACAAAAAAGAGAGAUUAAAAAAGUUCGCUGGACGUUAGAACAAAUCGAAUUUCUUGGGCCGCGUUGUCCUGAAACAAUAAAAAAUCUUGCAAAAACUAAUAAGGCAAAUAACUAUAAAUUUGGGAACGCGCCUAUGCCAUUAUAUAAUAUUUAUGAUUUUAGAUAUUUAAGAAGGAUUAUUCUAGCUUACAAAACUAUUCUGGAUUCGGAAUAUGUUUAUAAAAUCGAUGAGAAGCAAAAAUCACAAUGGAAAGAAAAUUUAGAAUUUUACAAAACCGUUUUGGCAGAAAAUGAAGAUCAGCAUCAAAAAAGUGAUGAAAGCAUUCCACCCGAACGACGAUAUGAUAUGAGAUCACCAUGGAGAUAUAUAGAUAAAUUUAAGGGUAAAAGUAUUGAUAGGAAACAUGUGAGAAUAUACGGCGAUGAUGUGAAAUAG